ACAGACCGAUCUUUCCACUUCAAUCAAUGCAAAUUCGACACAAAUAAAAGAGUCCAGCUGUUUUACAUGUUUAAAACAUCUUCUGCUUCGCUUUUUCUGCACAGAUUAUCUGACUGUUCUUUCAAACACACUCUAGAUGGGGAGGCCAAAUGUUGCUAGGUUUCUGUUUCUGUAUAACUUGUGCCAAACAGUUUUCUAACUGUUCAGUGCAGGACAGCUAAAAUGAUCAGAACACAAUUAUUAUUCAUCUAGGUUCAAUUUACGUUCUCCUCUAUGUGUCUAUGAGAUCGUCUAUGUGUCUCUCUCAGGCCUCCCACAUAUACAGCGCUUGUUAACUCGGUCGACAUCUUCUAUUCUUGUGUUGAUGAGGAAAAAUAAAGCCUCCACCGUAUACAGUAGUUUUAGAUAGCGAAUACGAAUAGUUUCUCUUCAAUCCGAUGAGAACCAUUAGCAUUUGGUGUCGUCUAAACACGCCCUUACUGCCCACACGGCUUUCAGACAACAUGUUGUUUUUGAUACUUGGCCAUUGUCGCCAGUCUUUCCACGGGGUCCCGACCCUUUGAGCGUAAGUAUAAAGACACCAAAGCCUGAGCAACGACAACGUUCAUGAUGUAUUAUCGCUUUUUCGAACUAUCGCGAAAUGACGACUUGAAGUUUUGCUUGGGAGUUGGAUCUGCCAAAAUUACAGCCAACAGGUUGCGUUUAACAGAGUAACAACGAACUGAAUUGUCACCAAACGGUCGCUACUAUUGUUGUCCUGUCAGGCCAAAAAAGAGGCCGAGAUGCACUCGCCAACCGACGGAGGUAACCAGUACAACCAGUAUAAUAUGUCCAUUCUCCGGAGUGGUGAAGGAAACAUAGGCUAUCUAAAUGACGGGCCGCGCAUUAGAAUAUGCGAUACACCCGCCGCUAUCGAUACGUUUGUAUCAGACCCCGUCACAUCCGGGGAAAUGGAUGAUGGUGAAAAGGAAAAGGUGUUUAGAAGGGUUAGAACAAUGUAUGACGGCGCGGUAAAGGCGGCUGCGCAGGGGAUUCAGGCGUUCAUCAAGCAGGAGUUCCAACCCGGAUCUACAAUGACGCCCCUUGAACACUUUGUUAUGAAGCAGUCAUGUUUAGGCGCAGUAAAGUUACUGAUUCGUCUCGAGAAAGAGAAGCUCGCCUAUGACGACGUUCGACAAUACUUUGAAAACCUUGGUUUUCUUCUUGAUAUGCUUACAACGAGGUCGCAAGUCGCCUGUAUUUACCUUGCCAAAUUGAUGGUAAUGAGUAUGCGUGUAGUGGCGGAUUUGGCAGGACAUCUCGAGGACCUGGCUAAUCGACAAGUAACCAACUGGACAAAGCUGGCAAGCUUUUAUGAGGAGUACUUCCGAAACAACUACGUUGAAAGGGAACAGCCCAGAGUGCCACCGUUACGAAACUUUUCCAAGUACAUACCCAUUGCCUGCGGUAGUCAAGGCACAGUACAUGCAGCUGUAUUCGGCAGAGGUCUAGAUAUAAUGAUGAAAGUUGUGUGCAAAAAAAAGAAUCGCGCCACGAAUUCGCCAUUUAACACGACUCUCGUGGGUUCAAUGUCGCGACAUCCCCUUCACGUCGCCAUUUACGGGACGUUUGCCUGCAAUGAGGCAUACAUUAUACUUAUGGAAUACUUUAGCGGGGUCGACUGCCAACGAUUAAUUAGACAGACGGGAAGUUUGCCUACGCAAAUUGUUACCGUAAUCAUAGCCCAACUCUGUCUAGCACUAGAGUAUCUUCAUUAUAUGGGAUUUAUUCAUCGCGAUGUAAAGCCAUCGAAUAUCCUCAUGAAUCCGGAGUGCCGCAUCAAGCUGUGCGAUUUUGAUACUGCCAAGGUGUGUAUUGGCUUGUUUGGUCCUCGCUUUCACAACGCGUUUUCGCGGAGAACCAAUCGAGAGUUUAAGGAUUCUGAGGCCGAAGGCACAUUGGCGUUUUUGGCCCCAGAGGUGCUCAAGAAAGACUAUUACGGAAGAUCUAUUGAUUGGUGGGCCAUGGGCGUGACGGCCUUCGCUCUCAGAUGCGGAAGGGUGCCUUUUAAUGGGAAAAGAGAGUCCGAUAUGCGAAAGUUGACACGAAAAGUAGAGUUGGACUGGCCCAAAGAUGAAGAUUCAGUAAAUUUCCAGGUUCUUAAGGACUUUAUAUUUAGAGCUCUGCGACCCAACCUUAAAGAUCGUUUGUGCACGGAAAGUUAUCAGGAGUUCAAAAGUCAUCCUUUGUUCGCAGAUGCUGACUGGGCUCUGUUGGAGAAAGCAGACUCAAUUGUUUCUUACGAGCCAGCUUGGAACAUGCUUGUUCAGUAUAAAGGCAAAUUUCAACCGAAGCCCGACAUCUCCAAGAGCCGUAAAAGAGACAAAGCUCUAAUCUGGAAUCCUGCGGAUCUGACGGACCAAUAUGAGGCUUCUCCAUUGUGUACGUAUUUCUCUGAAGGGUUCAAACGCUGUAUCGAGCUGGCACAGCUCGAAAGACCGCUCACCGUAGAGAUGGUUAUGGAGAUGCCGGAAUUUAUACCCAUAUUUAAUGAAACACAGUACAAAUAUAAGAACUUCUUCAAGGCUGUACGCUUAUAAGAGACAAACUGAAUAAGCUUAUGCCGUUAGCGUAAAGUGUUAAUAAGCGGCGCUGAGUAACCACGUAGGACUGUUCAUGCGAAUGGCGGGCUAACGUAUAUGGCAAUGCAUGGAAUUUCUCCUUUAACAAGCAGGCUAUUUGUAUGUGACCUAACAAACAUACAAAAAUGAAGCGACCGAACAAUAACAGAUGUGUAUAUAGUGCUGGCUGUAUAGAAAUAUUUGUCCAUGUUCAAAAAUGUAUAAAUUAAAUAAUUGACUUAUUGGUAUUGGU